UUUUUUUUAUUAUUAAUUAUUAAUGCUGCUUCAGAGACUAUUUUAUGUACUGAGAUUGAGGUAUCGAACUGUAAAUAGAUUAAUGCCGCAUAUGCCUUAAACAACUGUUAAAUAUUUGUCCGUUACUUGACAAAAGAAGUUGCAACCCCUUUGAGCCUUAGCGUGACAACACCAUGCCCUAUGAAGUAAUUGUUUUAAAAGAAGGCUACAGUAAAGCAGAAGGCCCAGGUCAACAAAGGGCAUGUGGAAGCAUUAGUUUGAUUAAAGGGCCUAAAAACAUCAUUGUUGACACUGGAAACCCUUGGGACAGAGACAACAUUCUGAAUGGUCUUAAACAGAAUGGACUUUCUCCAGAAAAUAUACAAUAUUGUGUGUGUACUCAUGGCCAUUCCGAUCAUGUUGGAAACCUGAACCUCUUCUGUAAUGCUGUUCACAUUCUGUCCUAUGAUAUAUGUAUUGGGGAUCAAUACCAAAUGCACGAUUUCAAAAUGGGAAUUCCUUAUGAGAUAGAUGAUGAUGUGGAGGUGGUUCCCACCCCCGGACACACAGGUACGGACAUCUCCGUUAUUGUCAGCAACACGGAUCUAGGAACUGUGGCAGUAACAGGUGAUUUAUUUGAAUGCUUGGAGGACCUCGAAGAGCCCAGUCUUUGGCAGGACAACAGUGAAAAUCCUGAAAUUCAAGAACAGCAAAGGAUAGAGGUUCUACGCAAAGCUGACUACAUCGUUCCUGGACAUGGGAAAAUGUUCAAGGUUCCUGAUGAGUACAAAAGAUCGUCCAUGAAGGUAGUGAUGUUUCGUGAAGAAGUUUACGAAGUUGGGGGCCAAAAAACCACUCUCUGUGAAUAUGUGGAGAUCGAAGACAGCCAGUAAUUGGACAUUUGAUAUGGAAGUUAAGAUUUCUACAUCCUCUGUUGUUUAUUACACAUUCCUUUAUACAAUAGUACUAUUAUUUAGAAUGUGAUAGUUUCAUCAAUUUUUGUGGGUAUCAAAUUUUGCAGAUUUGUCAACAAUAUCAUGGAAAGCUACCCUAUGCUUUCUUUUUGAGCAAAAGUUGUACAUGUGCUUUCAAUUGAUGAUCUCUUGAUUUCCUGAUCUGGUACAUCUAUAGAUAGAUUACCAUAGGAUUAUAAUAUUCCUCUUUUACUUAUAUUCCAAUAUUUCAAUUGUGUUAUAUUACAUCCUUAAACUUACAUUUGUCUGAAUGUGUACACUUGUCUGAAUGUGUACACAUGUCUGAAUGUGUACACUUGUCUGAAUGUACACAUGUCUGAAUGUGUAAUUAAGGAGGUAUGUUACACCAGAGAAAUUUGAUAUGGAUUAAAAGUGCAGGAUAUGUACAUGUAUAUACAACAAUAUUUUGAAAUUGAAAACUUUCAAAUUUACAGUUCAGCAGUCAACAUGCUAACCUACUGAGCUAUUCAGCUUAGGCAAUGAAUUUAGAAAUGAAUUGACAAAUAUUGCUAAUAUUUAUAUUUUCAUCCAUGUUUUAAAGGGACAUGGACACAAUUUAAGCUGAAAAUUUUAAAAUUUUUAUUUUUCCAUUUUUAAUGUUUAGAAUGCUUAACUAAGGUACAGUAUUUCUAAUGGUCAGCAAAAAUUUGAACGUCAGUUGUCGAGGUACAUGGGAGAUACAGAGCUCAAAAUUCUGUUAUGCAUGUAAACAAGGCUCGUGCCAUGUUUUUGUUUACAUAGAUGUAGGUUAAAUAUACUAGUAAAAGUUUCGUUUAAAGCAAAUUUUUUCAAUUUACAAGUUUAUUCUGAACAGAAUUGAAUAGUUUCUAGUGUUUGGCAUGCACUUCUCAUUUUGUUUUAAACAUGCUAUUUUCUAUUAAGCAAUCUAUAUGUAAACAAACACAUGGCACGAGCCUUGUUUACAUAACAAAGAAUUGUGAGUGCUGUAUCUCACUUAUAAUUCAACAACUGCAUGAGUGGCAUAGCUAGGUUUGAAAUAUUUGUAAGCAGGGGGUCUGGGGGGCUGCCGCCCCCCAAGAAGCCGAGGACAAUUUUCGUAAUAUGUAACAAAAAUUUAACGAAAAUAUUUGUAAGCACGUGCAUCCAGUGCUACAGUGUAGCUACGCCACUGAACUGAUAUAUUCAAAUUUUGUUUGAACAUUAGAUUUUUUAAAGAAAAAAGAUAUUCUGAAUUAUUAAAACUUUUUUGCAUUGGAAUUUAUAGAUCAGCUGUGUUAAUUAAAUUGGCUAUGUCCCUUAUAAUGUGUACUAUUCAAAGACGAAAAUAAUACAAUGGUUUAAUUCAAAAGUUUCUUGAUCCACAUGCCUGCAUGAAAUUGUCCAAUGUCUGCAUAAAAGGAAUGUUGUCUUUAUUUUUUAACCAUUGCACGAGUAACAAAUUUGAUUCAUUAGGUGUUUUAUAGAUACAACUCUUCUUUAUUACAUAUUUAAAUGCAGAGUUUGAAACCAAUGUGUUGUUGUUAUGAGAUUCCUCAUUUUUUAGCUCUUCUGAGCCAAAGGCUCAAAGAGCCUAAUGCUAUGGCCAUUUGUGCGGUGUGCGUAAACUUUUUAGAAAAAGGGCUAUAACUCAAGAACCCCUUGGCCAAUUUUUUUUCAAAUUUGUUACAGGGUAUCAUUGGCCCAAGGGCUUUCAUACAUACUAAAUAGAGGGAUGUGACCCUUUAACAAGGGGAGAUAAUCAGGAAAAUACAAACAAAAGUAGUGGUUGCUAAAAAAUCUUCUUCUCAAGAACCACAGGGCAGAUUAUCACCAAACUUACACAUAAGGAUGAGGAUAUGUUGUAGAUUAAAAAUUGUUCAAGGCAUUACCCUGGGGCAAAGGGCGUGGUCUCAAGGUCACUUCAAAGUUGACCUAAAUUAAAAAAAUUUUUAAAUUCCUUAAAUCUUAGAUAUUUUAGUCAUUAUAAGGACUAGGAUCAUCAAAUUUUGAUAGUUGAUGCAUCUUAGGACCUUGUGUCAAGUUGUCUCAAAAGUAGGUCACGGUGACCUACUUUUUGAAUUUUGCAGGUAUUUAUUUUAAAAUUAAUUUUGAUGCAUAUCUUGGACACUUUGAAGCCUAUGAUCAUCAAAACUUGUCAGUUGGUGGAUCAUGGGACCUUGAAAUGUGUCAACUGAAAAAUAGGUCACCGUGACCUACUUUCUGAAUUUUAUGGCUUAUCAUUUAUAGAUAUAUUUUAAGUUGUUAUUUCAAAUACUGAGAGGUUUAGAAUCAUCAAAUCUUGUAAGUUGAUGCAUCUUGAGGCCUUGAAACAUAUUUAUAAAAAAGUAGGUCACAGUGACCUAUUUUUUGAAUUUUGCAGAUAUUCAAAUUUCACAUUUUCAAUUUUAGAUGCAUAUUUUGGGCACUGUAAAACCUAGGAUCAUCAAACUUUGUCAGUUGAUGCGUCUUCAGUCUUCGGUUUGUGUCGACCAAAAAGUAGGUCACCGUGACCUACUUAUGGUAUUUGACAGCUAAAUUACUAUAUUUCAGACACUAUUUGAACUACAAUCAUCAAACUUUGUCAGUUGAUGUAUCUUGAGUCUACGGAGUGUGUCGACCAAAAAGUAGGUCACCUUGACCUACUUUUGAAAUUUGACGGCUAUAUUUAUAUAUUUCAGAUACUAUUUGAUCUACAGUCAUCAAACUUUGUCAGUUGAUGGGUCUUGCAUGUUCGAAGGGUUUCGACCAAAAAGUAGGUCAACUUGACCUGCUUUUGGAAUUGGACACCUAUAUUUAUAUAUUUCAGAUACUAUUUGACCUACAGUCAUCAAACUUUGUCAGUUGAUGCGUCUUGCAUGUCCAAAGGGUGUUGACCAAAAAGUAGGUCACCCUGACCUACUUUUGGAAUUGGACGGCUAUAUUUAUAUAAUUCAGAUACUAUUUGACCUACAGUCAUCAAACUUUGUCAGUUGUUGGGUCUUACAUGUUUGAAGGGUGUUGAUGAAAAAGUAGGUCACCUUGACCUACUUUUUGAAUUUGACGGCUAUAUUUAUAUAUUUCAGAUACUAUUUGACCUACAGUCAUCAAACUUUGUCAGUUGAUGGGUCUUGCAUGUUCGGAGUUCGCUGACCAAAAAGUAGGUCACCAUGACCUACGAUUGGAAUUUGACAGCUAUAUUUCAAUAUUCAGAUACUAAUUGGCUUAAGAUCAUUAAACUUUGUCAGUUGAUAUUUCUUGGGUUCUCAAAAUGUGUAAACCAAAAAGUAGGUCACAUUGACCUACUUUUUUUGAAUUCUUAGGAUUUAACUAAAGAUUUAGAAUACUAAGAGGCUAAGAAUAGAAAUGGUGGGGUUGUACAAUUUAUCAGAAGAGCGAUUCUAGGCCCUUGGGCCUCUUGUUCUGUAUCACAUGCACAUUUUAUGUUGUAUUUCCUGGUAUCACUAGUUUUUUCUUGCUACACAUACCGGGUGAUGAUUGGAUGUGUUUUUGACUUUUGAAAAUUUAACCUUCUAAUUUUGCACUUUUGUUGCAUGUCAACCAAGGUGAACCAUUUUUAACACUGUGUAUGUACAUUGUACAAUGUAUGUGUAAUAAAUACAAACUCAGUAAA